UCGAAAACAAAAAACGUGGAGUGAAGUACAAAAACUCCAAUCACAGGCGAUAGCACGCAGCAAGGCAAAGUUUGCAUUUCAAAUUUCAAGUUCUCUGCUGGCCAAGGAAGUUGAGUUUUGCGUGAAGUUCGAGUUUGAAAAUGGCCGACCUUCGGGGCAAAGCACUUGUAUACUACGGGCUAUUUCUUAGCUUUCCGCUGCGCAUGGUUUUAUUUGCGGCAUCCAUAUACCUGCAGAAUUUGACGGCUCUGUUGCAGUUGAUCCAAGAGUUUCUGAUCCUGUUGCUUUCGCUGCUCCUGUUCAGCGCCAGCUGCAUCCAUGGACCACGGCUGACGGAAGGACAUUUUCGGGAGCCGCUAACGCUUAGGCUACGCACACUGAACAUCCUGCGAUUCCACAUCAGCGGCGUGGGCCUGGUACUCCACCUGCUCGUGGAGUCCUUGCGUAUUCCCUGCGCCGCUUUAGGACGACUCAGCCGAGUUUUCCGCAUCUGCUCCCACAGACGCACCUGGGUGAUCAUGCUGCAGCCCCGCUGA